GUGUGGGGACAGGCAGCACUGGGCAUUUUGGGACAAUGACACUCCCCACGUGCCCCCACAAAUUCUUGGGCCUGCCUGGCCUGCCCGUGUGUCCCUAGAUGGAGCAAGAGGUAUCCCAGUUCAUCCAGGCCACUGGGGAGCCCCGGCGCCGGUUCCAGCCCAUGAACAAGAUUGAGAGGAGCAUCCUGCAUGACGUGGCAGAGGUGGCCGGCCUGACGUCUUUCUCCUUUGGAGAUGAUGAGGACAGUCGCUAUGUAAUGGUGUUCAAAAAGGAGUUCGCACCAUCCGACGAGGAGCUGGAGGCAUAUCGACGUGGGGAGGAAUGGGACCCGGUCCGAGCUGAAGAGCGGCGUCGCCUCCGGGAGCUGGCUGCACAGCAGGAGGAGGCGGAGCUUGAGCACGGCCCUGCUCCCCCGGGCCCCCCCAACGACUACAAAGACAAAUAUCGGCACCUGAUUGGCUCCGACGCCGCCAAAGCCGCUGCCCGCACCAUGGAGGCCAACAAGGCGUACGGCUGCGUGCCAGUGGCCAACAAGCGAGACACACGCUCCAUCGAAGAGGCCAUGAACGAGAUCCGGGCCAAGAAGCGGCUGCGGCAGGCGGAGGACGAGGGCGGGGCUGGGGGGGGCCCCGGGGGGCCCUGUGUGUGAUGGGAGGGUGGUGGUGGUGGGGGUGCACCCCCAGGGGUAUUUAACAGUGGGGGGAGGGUGGCAGGGACACACGGAGGGGAUGAUAAAGGAUCUCAUCUCC